GGGUUAUUUUGGAGGAAAUAACCGGUUUUCCCUCUUCUGUUUUUCACCCGGGCGGCCGAAGGGAGGCCGCGGGGGUCGGUGCCCCCGUUUGCGGGUGCUCCCCGCGCCGCUCCGGCCGCGGGCGGGGACGCGGUGCCGCGGGCUGACAGCGCCCUGCGCUGCCCGGGGACACGGCGGCGGGCCCGGCUCUGCUGGCGUGGCUCUCCACGGCACGGAGCUUUAAGGGGGCCCCGGAGCCCGGCCCGGCCUCCCGCGGGGUUGGCUGCCCGCCGUCCCCGCCAGCAACUUCGUAGAAAGUUUCCUGCCGUCGGGGAGAUGCAGCCGCUCCUGCUUCCGCCUACAGUGGGUUGUGGCAGGAAAGAAUUUCGUACACACCUCCAGCGAGCCCGGUACCAAAUUACACUUCGUCACCACUACAUGUCCCAGUGCCUCAAGCCAUCAGGAUGGAGGAAGACAGCGUCAGACUGCCAGCACACCUGCGUUUGCAGCCGGUUUACUGGAGCAGGGAGGAUGUGGCGCAGUGGCUCCGGUGGGCAGAGAAGGAGUUUUCCUUGAGGCCCAUUGAGAGCAACACCUUCGAGAUGAACGGCAAAGCCCUGCUGCUCCUGACCAAAGAGGACUUUCGAUACAGGUCCCCUCAUUCAGGUGAUGUUUUGUAUGAACUCCUUCAGCAUAUCCUGAAGCAAAGGAAAGCUCGUAUGCUCUUCACACCCUUCUUCCACCCUGGGAACUCUAUCCAUGCUCAGCCAGAGGUCAUAUUGCACCAGAAUCAUGAUGAAGAUAGCUUUGUGCAGAGACCUUCGAGACCCUCUGCAGAAGCAGUCCACCACAACCCCCCAACCAUUGAACUGUUGCAUCGCUCGCGGUCACCCAUCACCAACAACCACCGUCCAUCGCCAGACCCCGACCAGCGGCCGCUGAAGUCCCCCAUGGACAGCACCCUCCGUCACCUGUCCCCGGCCGACAGGAUGCCAGGGACAAGGCACCAGCAUGAGAACAGCCAGCAGGAGCCCUAUCCUCUCUCAGUGUCCCCAAUAGAAAACAACCACUGCCCGCCUCAUUCCGAGAUGCUCCAGAAGCCCUCCAGCCCUCGCCAGGAGAACACCAGGGUCAUCCAGCUGAUGCCCAGCCCUAUCAUGCAUCCUUUGAUACUGAACCCCAGGCACUCCGAUUUCAAACCACCGAGGUUGUCUGACGAUGGGCUGCACAGGGACAUCAAGCCCAUCAACCUGUCCCACCGAGAAGACUUAGCUUAUAUGAACCACAUCAUGGUGUCUGUCUCCCCUCCCGAGGACCACGCGAUGCCAAUCGGCAGGAUAGCAGACUGUAGGUUGCUUUGGGAUUAUGUUUAUCAGCUGCUUUCUGACAGCCGGUACGAAAAUUUCAUCCGAUGGGAAGAUAAGGAAUCCAAAAUAUUUCGGAUAGUGGAUCCCAAUGGGCUGGCCCGUCUGUGGGGAAACCACAAGAACAGAACAAAUAUGACUUACGAGAAAAUGUCCAGAGCCCUACGCCACUACUACAAACUAAAUAUUAUCCGGAAGGAGCCAGGACAAAGGCUUUUGUUCAGGUUCAUGAAGACCCCAGACGAGAUCAUGAGUGGCCGGACAGACCGCCUCGAGCACCUUGAAUCCCAGGAACUGGAUGAACAAAUAUACCAAGAAGAUGAGUGCUGAAGGAAACAGGUGCAGCACCUCUGUGGGUCCAGGGGAGAAACAUCUGCCUGACGGUCGGCACGGUUUGGGAGGGGAAGCAACAACACAGGAGCAGUACUUGAGGUCGCUGCUUAGCUUGAAGACCACGCAGGACCUGAAGCACCUUAACAAAACAAACUAACUGGCAGAAGUGGUGCUGGCAGGAAAGCAAAGGGGAGAAAGCCUGGACUUGUGCACUACUUCACUGUUCCUACAAAGUCUCCCUUGAGUUUUUUCUUUCUUUUUGGUUUGUUUCAGUUUUGGGGUUUUUUUGUCAUUUUUUUCCCUAAUAAACAUGCAGUUUGACUUUCCUUAUCUCACAUAGGACAAGACACCAGAUUAUGCUUCUUCUUUUUUGGUUUUUUGUUUUUGGAAGGCUUUCCUAUGGAAAUAGAGUGCUCCUAUUUUCUGUGCAAGUCUCAUGACACAACACUGCAUAAACAAUAGCAACACAGAAGGGAUUUGCUCAAGGCUUCCAGUUUGCUUGGAUCAAUUUAUAUGUGCUGCCACUGAGAAAUGUGUUGAAGCUACCAAAAGAAUAUCUCACACAUACCUGUCAAAUGAAGAGGAGACACCCUUCACAUGUAGGCUGGGCUGUCAUCCCAGCAUAGCUUGGGCUCACCAAGAGUACUCCGAGUGGCUGUUAACUGCUGGAAUAUGGACCAAAACCAAUCACCUAAGUGCUCCAGAGAGGAGAAAAAUAAAUGUGACAAACCUCUGCAAGUGACUAUCAGUUAACAUUUUCCCUCCUUCUAGCAAAGAAGUGAUAGAAUGGAGGAGGGGGAAGGGAGGGUGGGGACAAAUACAUAUAUAUGUGUGUAUAUAUAUCUAAAAGUUCCAUAUGUAUAUAUAUAUAAAAAUAUAUAUGUAAUUCCCCCCAGUAUAUUCACAAUGCAGGGUUGUGAAUUUCAGUUCAGAGUUUUCUAUAAAAAGAAAGACUGAAGCAUCUGUAAUUACAGAAGGAAGGGGUGUUUCUCAUACCUGUUAGCAAUUUUGGGGUGAAAGGUGAAGGACUGUUCCUUACAUCAUAGGGAGAAAGCAAAGGGACUCAUCACAUGGUUUGUAUUACUCAGAAGCCUCUCCAGGAUCAUUUUUGUGCUGCUGGAGAGGUAGAUGAUUCACCACUCCAAAAUCUGAUGUUAGAGAACUAGAGACCAAAUAGCUAUACUUAUAUCUUGUAAUUGAUUUUGGCUUUGUUUUGGGAUUUGGUUUGUUUUGUUUUUUUUUUAAUGCCUCCCACUGCCCUCCCCCAUCCUACAGCUCUGCCAUCAAGGAAGCUUGUCCCAGCUUGCCUGUUUUUAACAUGUGUUGAGACAAGAGAAAAACAAACCCUACAGCUGUGUUGCUUUCUUGGUUUGGGGUUUUGUUCUGGUUGCAAGGUGCCUCCAUUUGGUUUGCUGCACUGAGGGUGCUUGGCAUGAGGUAAAGAGCUAUGCCUAGUUUGGUCACAGAAAGCUCAGCAGUCCUUGAUGCCCAAACAAGAGAAACUGCUGGCCUGUUUCAUUUCACAGCUUGGACCACCAGGACAGGAAUGUCUGUGGUGUCCAGUGAUCCAUCAGCAGUGGUCCUUUGAAUGGAAGGAAGAUCUAGCAGCAGAAAUGAUGCUUGCAGAGGGAGAAGGUUAUGGGAAAACUGCAGGAAUCACAUUGUGCCUGAAAGAAAGCACGUCCACAGCAGUGCAUUAAAAGCAGAAAGCCUCUUUAAUGGAAACAUAAAAGAAACUAGAUCUGGAAAAAAAUCAAAAGGCUAAUCUAAUCCAUUUCAACCAAAAAACAAGGUACAUUCCCAUGAUAGGGCUUUUAUCAGCUAUUAAACCAACGCGACAUUUGCUCUUUCCAUGUAUUUAACAGGAGGGUUAAUCUAUCCAGGAAAAAAUGGCACUAUGCAAUGAACAGUGUCCCCUGUGUUUAAACAGAGAUAGGCCAAUCUCACCAAAGACUUAAUACUGAGUCACAGGUCGUAGAAGGAGCAGCUUUGUUAAGGGUGUAGAUAAGCAUCGUACAACAAGGGGAGAUUUUUCUGAGCCAGUAUCUGAUGAGGAAUGACAGGGUGUGCAUUUCUCCCUGAGCUUUUCCCAGCCACGUUUUUCUGUAAAAUCACAGUCAGUAAGUUACAAGUCCCAGCACACCACGUACUUCAUGUGUUCUGCCUCAAAAUAAUGGACAGGGGAGUGUUUUUUAGCACUGUGUCACCUGUCUCUGUCAUGACUCUGAAGUCGCUGGAGCUCAUGAGGCGUGAGAUUGGGAGACACUGUGGGACUUCAGCAGUCACAGAUAUGAAACCUAAAGUCCCUUGCCUUGAGACCCCAGGGACCUUACUCUAUCACGUUGCUCAAGGGCCCCCAAGUUGCAGCCAGGUCUCAGGAGCUGGAAUGAAGUGGUGAAUUUGACAGAUGGAGUGUGACCAGAAGUACCGAUGUAAAGAAGGGCUCUAGCUGGAUCCUUGGGUGUCCAGUGGUAAAAAGAGAAAUUUUUUACAGAGGAUGAUUAAUCCUCUUUACUGCUGUGGUCUAGACAACUGCAUAACUGCAUUAUUUUCUUCAGCCUGCUGUUACAAGAUGGUGAGGGACAAGAAAAAAACAAUAGAGACUUUCUGCAUAAAGUGCUCUGAUGAGUCACAGCUUUUUGUCAUGGCCAAGGUGCACACUGCAGAAUACAGAGAAGCAGAGACAAUCCACCCAUUUUCACCAUUAUCUACCAAAUUAAGUCCAUCCUCAGCACUGGGUAAGACAGGAAAAUCACACAUUGUAGGGAAGCUUUAUAGUGGAAAUGUUCACCUUUACAAAGAAAUGCAAUCACUUCCACUUGUAGAAUCUCAGUCAAAGGGCAAAAAACGUUUGUGGCUGUUGGAAACUCUUCCCAGUUCACACAUAAAGGACAUCUUAAGACAACGUCAUCACAACCACAGAGGAGGAGUUCUUUCAAGGCUGAUGCUAGGAAUGAAAGUAGCCUUUGACCUUGGAACAGGCCAGUCACACAGAGGCCCUUCCUGUCUCCUGCCAGGCCUCCAGGUGCCAAAGGGAACGGUGUGGGUGACACUGGAGCUGCCAGGACUGCAGAGCCUUGGGGCCUGUUGUGGGAACUGCAGGAUUUGAACCGCUCUUGGGGUCUUGAAGUGAGUUUAUUAGGUAUGACUAAAGAUAAAAAAGUAGUGGCAGGCUAGAGCAGCUGCAGGAGGGAGAUUCCCAUUGACCUCACAUCCACUGGCAGAUCCAUGGGAAUGCAAAGACAGCAUUAACAUCUUGAGCCAUAGGAAUGCGUCGCUGCCUGCCAGGGCUAGCAAAGGUAACACUGUCUUUCCACCAACACUGACACCUGCCUUCCUCCCCUCCCCCAGUUUCUGAUUUCCCAGUUAGAAUUUGCCAGCUGCAAAACAGCCAAACUUUCUGCCUUUGCCACCAGAGCAUGUGGGGAAAAGGGAGAAAGGGUUUCAUCCUUGGAGAUACACAAAAGUCACCUGGACAUGGUCCUGGGCAACUGCACCUGGUUGGCCCUGCCUGACCAGAGGGGGUUUGACCAGAUCCCUGCCAGCCUCAGCACCCAGCAAACGUUCUGAGUGCUUAAGUGGUUAUGCAAAGGUUAAGUGGGACCUUUGUUGUCAUCAGCUUGCUACAAGCCUCAGCAAGCCACAGGUCAGUCAGGUAGGACAUGCUGCAGUUCCACAGCAGAACAUUUUCUUGAUUCAAGUUUGAAACCUGCUGACUGCCUCUCCAUCCAGAGAACACUACUGCGGCCCUUUCUGUGAACACUAAAUUGCUGCCAUCCUCCCCAUAUUUCAAACUCCACUUAUGCAUUCUCCAGAUCUUUUUUGUCAGACUGCAACUGUAUGCGAAUCCAGAGUUUGAGGUCUUUUUUAAAAAAAAAAUAAAAUUCUAGUGUUUUUAUUGA